UAUAUUACUAUACCUUCCUUCGUUCCCGUCACCAAAACCUUACUAAACCCUAAAUUUAGGUUCAUCGAUUUUGUGCAGUCAGUUUUCAUUUUUCAAUUACAUUAGUUCCUCUUAUCAGUUGCUGCUUAACUAGUCGGGAUAAUGGGGAAAAGUCGGCGUCAACAGAAGGUUAUACCCCCACCGCAGCUUCCGCCGGAUGUACCCGAUGAGGAUAUUGAGUUUUCCGACGAGGAUUUGAAAUUCGUCGAAGAGAACACUGAUUACGCCCGAUUCGUCUCGCAAAUUGACACCGGUGCUAUCAACAGGCAAUGCAGUGGUAAAGCAAAGACAGUGGAGGAUAGGUAUGAGGAAGAACGAUCAAAGAGGAAGGCACAUCAAGAAGAGAACGUGAGUAACGAGAUCCUAGUGGAUCCUGUUGAUGUGCUCCCUAUUAAGACUUUAGAUGGAAAACUCCAUUAUCGAACGGUGUCAAAGACGUCAAAACUAGCUGAAGGCGUCGCUGAUGAAGCAGAAGAGGACGAUCUUGAGGAUGAACAUACUUUAAACAAAUCUCAGAGGAGAGCAAAAGCUAAAAAGAGUAAAAAAGAGGCAAAGAAACAAGAGAAGGAAUUGCCUGAAGAGAUCUUACAAGAGGAAGAAGAAACACCCCAAGCAGCUGUUCUGGCAGAAGUGAAACAAGAACUAUCUGCUGAAGAGACAUUUGAAAAUAAAAAAAACAGACUCGCGGAAUUGGGAAUGCAACUACAUUCUGAUCCGGAGGCAAACAUCAAAUCAUUAAAGGAAAUGUUAGAUAUCACCAAAGAUGAGAAUACAAAGAUAGUGAAACUUGGCUUGUUAUCGGUGUUGGCCGUAUUCAAAGAUAUUAUUCCUGGCUAUCGGAUUAGACUUCCUACAGAAAAGGAGCUCGAGAUGAAGGUCUCGAAGGAAGUAAAGAAAACCCGGUUCUAUGAGUCAACUUUAUUAAAAGCGUACAAGUCAUAUUUGCAGAAGUUGAUUGCAUUUGAAAAUCAGUCAGUAUAUAAGCAAGUUGCCACUCGGUGCAUUUGUAUUUUGCUGGAAGCUGUUCCUCACUUCAACUACCGUGAUAACCUGUUAAUUUCUGUUGUCGGAAACAUUAGCUCCCCGGACGAAGUCGUAAGGAGACUCUGUUGCUCUACUAUUAGGUCUCUUUUCUCCAAUGAAGGGAAACAUGGCGGUGAGCUAACCGUGAAAGCUGUACGCUUGAUUGCUGAUCAAGUCAAAUCUCAAAAUUGCCAACUUCAUCCUAACUCUAUUGAGGUGUUCAUGUCCAUACGCUUUGACGAGGAUAUUGGAAAGCGUGAAAAAGAGGAUGAGAAUAAGAAGAAAAAUAAGAAAAAUAAUAAAAGAGAUAAGCAAGAGGAGCAAAAUGAGGCACAGGAGAACGAGAGGAAGAAAUCCAAGCGAGAAAUGAUGUCUAAGAUCAGAGACGAGGUUACUGCUGAUUACAAGACCUACGAACCGGAUGCUAUGGAACGGCGAAAGAUGCAGACAGAGACACUUUCUGCUGUUUUUGAGACCUAUUUCCGCAUCCUGAGAAAUACAAUGUAUUCAACUAGCGAAAGCACGGAAGUAGACACAAGUUUGAAUCCUGGUGCCUUUGGAUCGCACCCUUUGCUUGCUCCAUGCUUGGAUGGGUUGGCAAAAUUCACCCAACGAUUGGAUGUGUCGUACAUCGGAGAUCUCAUGAACUAUCUAAAGAAGCUUGCCUCUAGCAAUAGCGCGUCCAACAACACAAAGCAGAAGAAGUCAAAACAGUUGACAGUAUCUGAACGCCUGAGGUGUUGCCUUGUCGCCUUCAAAGUCAUGAGGAGCAACUUAAAUGCCUUGAACGUUGACUUGCAAGACUUCUUUGUCCAGCUUUACAACCUCCUUCUCGAGUACCGCCCUGGAAGAGAUUCAGGCGAAGUGUUGGCCGAGUCAUUGAAGAUAAUGCUGUGCGACGACAGGCAUCAAGACAUGCAAAAGACUGCCGCUUUUGUAAAACGUUUAGCCACAUACGCACUAUGCUUCGGCUGUGCCGAGUCUAUGUCAGCGCUCGUCACCUUGAAAAUUCUCCUCCAGAGGAACGUCAAAUGCAGAAACCUUCUAGAGAACGAUGCUGGAGGCGGCUCUGUUUCCGGUUCAAUCGCGAAAUAUCAGCCGUACGCCACCGAUCCUAACUUAAGCGGGGCAUUCGCAACAGUGCUCUGGGAACUCAAUCUGUUGACCAAACACUACCAUCCGGCGAUCUCAACGAUGGCUACUACAAUUUCCAACAUGAACACUUCUCAAAACCAAACGUUUCUCUCUGCAGUCACCCCACAACAGGCGUUUGCAGAUUAUUCUCUUGAAAAGGAAUCGUUUGAGCCUAAGAGCGAGUCUCGGAAAUUAAACAGCAAACGGAAACGAGAGAGUGGUGGUGAAGAAGCCAAGGAUGAUCCGGAGUUCGACAUGGUUGAGCUCAACAAGAAAUUGAAAGAGAAUUUUACUAUUCUUCGAGGUAUAAAAGAGGACGAGAGAGUGAGAAUGGAAUUGGAGAAGAAAAAACCAAGGAAGAAACUGAAUAACGUGGUGAAGAAGAAACUUAAGAACCCUAAAUCUAAGAAGAAAAUUUGAAAAGCAUUCAUUUUCCAUGUAAUGCGAUAUACUUUGCUUAGGUUAUGUAAUGCAUCAUUUAAAUUUUGAGGAUUGUUUUUGUUAAAGUGGUGGGACGAUAUCAUGGAAGUAUCAAUAACAUCUUAUUCAAUUAUUAAUUCCUUAAUACUUGUAAUUUAAAGUGAUUUAGAUGUAACAGUUGCAAUUAUAAACUUGCAUUUUGAUCAACUAAAUGAUUAC